GUUCCCCAUGAUGUGCUCACUGAGCUGGACAAGCUCUGCGUGAAAGGGGACGAAGUGGAAGUGGAAGGAAACAGCAAGGAUUUAGGAGUUUUAAAAGCAGAGGUGUUGUGGCAGAUAAACAAGAAGUGUAUUUCCAUGGACAUCACUGAUCAACCUCAGGAUCAAGAUCGGGAUGACUGCUGCUUCCUUUGGGAUGGAGGGGCUGGAGAGCACAGAGAAGAGGCUGGAGAACAUGGAGAAGGUGUUGGAAAACAUGGAGGAGUGGCUGGAGAACACGGAAAAAGGUUGGAGAACACGGAGAAGGGUUGGAGAAGAUGGGGAAGUGAUUGGAGAACAUGGUGAAGGGGCUGAAGAACACAGAGAAGGGGUGGAGAAGAUGGAGGAGAAGCUGGAGAACAUGGAGGAGGGUUGGAGAAGAUGGGGAAGGGGGUUGAGAACAAGGAGCAAGCUCUGGGGAACACGGAGGAACUUCUGGAGAAGUUCUGUGCCACUGGCUGCUGCAGCUUCCUGGGGACAGUUCCUCCUCCCUCCCCCCCUAAAAUCUCCCUCAUCCCAGGUGUCCUUCAUCUCUCCUGUGACCGAGGGGCUUGAGAGUGUCCAGGGAAGGGGAGCAGAGCUGGGGAAGGGGCUGGAGAAGAUGGAGGAAGGGUUGGAGAACAUGGUGAAGGGGCUGGAGAACACAGAGAAGGGUUGGAGAACAUGGAGGAGAAGCUGAAGAACACAGAGAAGGGUUGGAGAAGAUGGGGGAGAAGCUGGAGAACGUGGAGAAGGGUUGGAGAAGAUGGAGGAGUGGCUGGUGAAGAUGGGGAAGGGGGUUGAGAACAAGGAGCAAGUUCUGGGGAACACGGAGGAAGAACUUCUGGAGAAGUUCUGUGCCGCUGGCUGAGCCCACUCGGAGAACCUCCUUGAGGCACCGAGUACCCCCAGAAUCCACCAGAAAAUCCUGCCUGGGGUCAGCAAGCACAGGGCCAGGGCCGUGUGCUGCUCCUCACCCCACUUUUCCUCCCCCCCUCCCAUGGUAUCACCAUCACGAUGACGAGCGGUAUCGUGACAACCCACGGUGCGACGUGAACGGCGGCUUCAAGGGCCACGACCUCUACGACUGCAGCUGGGACUACGACUGAGGCUACGACUCAUGGAUGGGCAGCGGGCGCUGUUAUGACAUUGAGGAUGCCUAGGACAGCGAGAGGAGAGGGGGGAGCAGUGGAAUUCCCGGGAAGAUUACAGCUGGGAUGACUUCCGACAGGAGGACAGAGUUCUUUGAUCACUUGAAGCUCUCUGGGACAUCAGUGAAACACCAGCUAGACUUCAUCUAACUGAAAGGUGCAUUUCUUCACCCUGAUCCAGCUCAUCUGCCUCGUCCUGCUCUGGGCCAUCAAGGUGUCCUGUGCUGCCAUCACCUUCCCCAUGCUGGGUUUGGCUCCUGGUUUUGUCCAGCAAUAGAUGGAUUUGUGCUUCUCAAAGCAAGAGCUCAGCUUUCUGGAUGACCUGAUGCCAGAAACCAAGAAGCAGCAGCCAAAUGAUGACAAAAAUGAAGCCAAAGAAGAAGAGGAAUCCCAGAAGACAGUGGAAGCAUCACCUGAAAGUUCAGUUCAGCUGCAGCUGAGGGAGAGCAGAGACAGUAAAAUGAACUUCUGUGUCGUGGCUGGUGAGCAUAACCCCAACACCAAUGAUGACAGUGAGCAGAUCUGUUCCCAACUGGAAUGCAGCAAUCCUGCUGGGGGUAAAGCACAUGGGGAGACAGCUACACCUGGAAGGGAACCACCCUGCCCAACAACUACACCUGGGAGGGAGGGAACCAUCCUGUCCAACUACACCUGGAAGGGAACCACCCUGCCCAACCUGCUCCAUCUUGGGCUGGGGUCUGACCCGCACACCCUGCUGCAGGCUGCCUGCCUGUGGUGGACAACCACAUCUCCUCCAGCCCAUCCUGCUGACAUCAGGAACACCAUGAUCUGUGCUGGUGGUGAUGGUGGACACUCAGGCUGCCAGGGUGAUUGGGGUGGUGGAUGGGCAGUACCAGGUCCAUGGUGUCACCACCUUUGUGUCCAGCCAGGAACAGACCCAACAUCUUCACUCGUGUCCCUGCCUCCAUCUCCUGGAUAUCCAAAGUGAUUGCCCAGAACUGAGCAGUGACAGGAGAAGCACCCAGUCCCUGGCUUGGGUGGUGGACAUCAUCUUCUCUCCCAUUUUUGGUCACAGAGGGUUAAAAAUCAAAGCUGGUGUCAAUAAACUCUGUUCCUCUCUCUA